UUGGAUUUUACUCUACAUUUCUGUUUCUGGAACAUUGAUUUUAAAAAUGUAAAAUAGCAUAUAAAGAGGUAAUUUUCAUUUUUAAGGAUUAUUUUUAGUGCAUUGUAAACAUAAAUUUUAAUUUUUAGAGAAUUAAACUGUGUUUCAGUAGUAUAAUCUAGUGGAAAGAAUGCAGGCUCUGAAAAUUAGGUAUAGUCUGUCCCUAGUUGUUUUUUACUUGCAUGAUAGCAUUAGAUCUUUAGGCAAGGAGAACUAAGUGUCCAUCAGGUUCCAUGACUAUUAAGUGUGUAUAGGGAAAAACAUUCUAAACGGGGUCAGGUUUCUAAGGAAAAUGCCAGUCUGCUAAAGAUGUACUGGCCCAGGUUAUUGGAUAUUGGAACUGUGCAGAUCUCAAGGGAGCUUGUUCUCAAAUGUGAGGUCAGAAAGAAGGAUUGUUCGUUGUAGCUUGGGUGCUUCCCUGGUGCGAGAGUUUGUCUUCAUGUGAAGCACUCUCCUACUUCUCAAACAUAAGAAAAAUGAGAUGCCGAGUAGUAGGUACAUGCUCACCUCAAGUGACCCCACACCUAUUAGUGAUUGUUAUGCUAGAAUUUGAGCUAGAUUGUAAUUAAUUUGUUUAAAACAUUAGAUACAACUAGUGCUUUGUUUUUUAAGUUUUGUAAGAGAACAUUUAGAAAUGAUAUCAUUUAGAAAUGCUGAGGAAGGAGAAUUCCAGUAGGAGUAGUCAGGACACUGCCAAGUGAUAGAGGUGUGAAUUAGCAUGGCAGAACAGGUGUGGGGGAAGAUACUAACAAGCUGCUGCGUGUAUUCUAGUUUUUCUACUUGUAGGAUACUGGAAUUUGUCAUUGAUUUAGAUUUUUUAUUAAAGACUUGAAGGGAAGAACAUACUUUAAAAAAUUGUGCUUGAAGUUUUCUCUGACAAAGAUUUAGGGAGCAGAGGCUUUGUCACUCACAGUUAUGCAGUUGGAAUGCUUCUCUUUAUUAGCAUCUAGAAGCAGUUUUCCAAAGAUAGAAAGGCCAUUUCUACUGUUGCACAGACUGGACAGGCUUGGCUUAUGCUUCCUUGGUUUCCUUACAGUCCUACUUGAUAAUUAUCUUUCCUGCUGUGAUCCUCUUGACACCUAAUGUGCACCCCUAUUGGGGGGCAUCCUCAGGUCCAGUGCAGUUCCUGUUAUAAUAUACUCCUUUGGCUUUAGUAACUUGAAUCAGGCAAUGCAGUGGGCUGGGACUGGCUGGGUAGUGUGGCAGGCGUGUGGUGGUGACACAGGCACGGCCUGGGAAGCGGCCACUGGAGCCAGAGCUGGAGUUGGAGCUGGUGGAGUUCUCUUUGAUCUGUGCUCCUCCUCCUAGCCUCCAGGAUGGCAGAGAUUGUCGCUUCUCUGACAGAGAGCACGUUCUCAGGCUUGGAAGAUUCUAGCAGUGACAGGAGUGAAGAUGACUCGGCAGAGGGAGAAGAUAGGAUCAGCAGUGAUGGAGAAGACCACUGGGCCACAGGUGCAGGCCAGGACCUCUUCCCCAAGGACAGAGGACAUCUGGAACAUGGUGGGCAUGGGCAUUGGGCACGGAUGGCAGACACGGCUACAAGCCCCUGCGUACUCGUGACAAGCUGGACCAGGUUCUGGACAAAGUGGAUGAUCCUGACUACUGGUGCAUGAUGCAGGACUGGAUGACAGGGCACGACUUAUGGCUGACUGAUGAGCAGGUGGCCCUGGCAUGGUGGCUGCAGAGGGGCCAGUUGGGGGACAUGAGCUUCGAUCUGUAUGAGCUGGCUAUGGACUUCUUCACUGGGGACCUGGUGCUCCACUCAGUAACCAGCUGACCUGCUGACAAGCACAGCAUCAUCCCAUCCCUGGUGGAGAAGGAGAGGGUCUCUCACUUGGGGCAUAUGCCAUUAAGAUGGGCCAGAUGCAGCUUCACGGGCCCCAGAACCCCACCCCUAGCUUCAGUAAUCUGUGGGUGUGGAAGACCCCGAUGUUGGGCCGGAUGGGCACAAGAUACACAUACCCACUCCCAAGCUGGUCCUCGGCAUCACACUGAGUUCUACGGCUCACCUCCUGCGUAUCUGCCCAGCGAAGAGGUGUGGGAGCAAUGGGAGCCAGGUGAGAGGAAGCCCACCUUCCCGCCACGCAAGUUUCUGAACCUGCGGGGUGUGCCUGUGUAUAGCUGUUUCCUCCAGGAAUGCUUCACAUGCUGCCUUGACCUCUACUGUGUCCACGGCAGUGCAAGGUGAGGGUGAAUGUGAACCCUGAAGACCUCGUCCCCAAACUGUCCCAGCUGCAGGACCCACAGCCUUUCCUCGCAUGUCAGGUCCUCGUCUCUAGAGGCCCCAGCAACCUUGUCCACCACCUUAGUGUCAUCCUGGAGAGGGCCAGUGGCUGGCUUCAGGCUCCGACGAUGGCUUACUAUGACUCUGGGAGGUGGCUGCCACCCGCUGCACGAGGACCGUGCCCGUUGUGGGUAUGCUGAGGAGUAUUGGCCGGAACACUCACCCCACCAUCUGCCUGGUGGCUGUGGCUGUAGAGGACGUGGUGCUGCUACUGAUCCUGGCCUUGGGGGCCCAGCUGGUGGUGGGCAGCGAGGACCAGCUGCUGUGUGCCUUCAUCCCACCUGAGAUGCCGGCCGUUCAGCCUGCCUACUGGCUGGAGGCCCCAGAGGAGAAACGCCAGGGGGACCUGUGGCUGCACAUCCGCCAUGGGAAGCCUGUGACUCUGUUGACCUGGCAUGGGUGUGGGGACUUCUUGGCUGUGGUCCUGGCCCCUGCAGGCCACACACAGGUGCUGAUCCACUAGCUGAGCUGACGCUGCAGGCAGACCCCCUUCUGCAACCAUGGCCAGGUGACGUGAGUGGCCUUCUACUCUGUCCCAUCCUUUGUGUUAGUGACUUUCCAGUGCAGCAUCUGCCUUUACUAUCUCCUGUGCCAGGAGCUCACCCAGAAGCUGAGACCGAACUGUAAGUGGGUGUCCAGCCUGGCAGUGCACCCUGCAGGGGACAAGGUCAUCUGUGGGAGCUAUGACAGCAAGCUGGUGUGGUUUGAUCUGGACCUUUCUGGUGAGCCGUACAGGGUGGUGAGGCACCACAGGAGGACCCAAGGGCUGUGGCCUUCCACACCUGGUACCAGGUCUUCACAUCUAGCUCUGACCACGGGAGUGUCAUUGUCUGCCAGUGACCUGCUGCAGAACCAACUGCUGGUGCCUGUGAAGGUGCUGUGGGGACACGUGCUGAGCCAAGACCUGGGUGUACUGGAUGUGGCUUUCCGCCCUGGCCCCAGCUGUGGGUUUUCUCAGGGGCCAAUGGCACCGUCUGCCUCUUCACCUAAGCCACCCUGUUUCCUGAGGGGCCAGGCCAUGUGUUUGCUCAGGAUCUUAAUAGAGGUGUUCACCCAGCUUGGGGGGGAAAAAAAAAGAGCAAUGCGAAUAACAGUAGCUUAUAAUAUAUUCAUCAUUUCAUCUGCUUCGGAUUCAGCCUCCCUCUCUCCCUCUGCCCCUCCCCUGCUCGUGCUUUGUCUCUCCCUCUCUCUCAAAAAUAAACAUUAAAAAAAUUUUUUUCCCUUCAGAAUCAAAUUUUCCUUAUGCUAUGUUAUAGCAGAGUAUAUUUAAUUGAUUUACUUAUAGUCAUUAAGUUUAGCUUGCUUAUUAUAUGCUGAGUUUCUGAAUAGCUUUUGGCACUGGGGGUACAGUGUGUGUGCUGAGAAACCUUGUAGACCAAUCUAAUGAAGACACAGUCUGAAUUUUUCCUUUUUUCCAUUGGAUAGGAAUUUUAUGCUGUCAAAUACAGGUAUUCCUGCUUUAAUAGAACUUGUUAUGCCAAGGCACAGAUAAAGCAUUUAAAUCAGUUAUAAAUUGAUACUAUAGUAAGAUUCACCAUAUUGAUUACAGACUUUUAUAGCUCUUUGAUGAUAAGUGGUUUACAAAAUUUGGUUUAUAUAGGAUUUCACGUAGUACAAGAUGGGGGAUCCCUCUGUAUAAUUCCAUUGAGUGAACCUUAAAAAUCACCUUGGCCAUUUUUUCUUGUAGAAUCUUCAGUUGUCCUCAUUUCUCAUGAGUACAUUUUUUUCUUUGUGAU